UCUUACCUCAUCAACAGAUACAUUUUUGCAUUCGACGCGUUCGAAGCUGCGGAAAUGAAACCAAAUUCGCCGCCCGAUGGACGCUUUAGACGGAAUUCCCAAGUGCGUUCUGGGCUACCAGGUGAAAACGCGCUCCCAAAUAGUGCUUAGUUUCAUGGUUCCGGUGAUUUUUGAAUUCAUAGUGUACGUCGUUGUUAUGACUGCCGAUAUUCUGGUAGUGGUGGAGCACUUUCGCAAUGACAACAAUACGUGGGCUUGGUUAACACUUUGUUUAAUUUGGAUCCCGACAAUAGCCAGUUUCUCGACAGUACUCUCGUCUCCAAGCCACUGGCCAGAGACGAUUGGUUGUGACGGACUAACGGGGAGAUUUGUGGGAAAACACCUACUGCUGUUGUUGCUUUUUCCAGUGGCAGCAAUAUACAGAUUCAGUCGAAGAUUUUUCUGGUGCGUAGAAGCAUUGUUCCAUGACAGAGCGUCCCAUUCACGACUACAAGCAGUGUAUAAGAUCCGAGAAACAUCACCAUGUGAACUGUAUCACUUUCUACAAGCCUUCCUGCAAUCCGGACCCCAAAUGUUUCUCCAGUUGUACAUACUGCUUCGUGACAAUGCUUUCAGGAAUUACGACACUGUAACCGCACAAAUAAUGAGCAUUGUGUUCUCUUUCCUAACUAUGGCCUCCAUUAUCGCUACCUAUCAAAGGUUCGAAAGCCAGAAAAUUGUGGGAAGAUGUUAUCCUUGGAGUUCAGAGGACCAAGUGAAGACUAGAAAGCGCCAUCUUAUACGGACGACGAGCACAGCUGAGAGUUUACUCGUGAGGAAUUCCGAAGUCGUCACUCCCGAGUCGAAUCCCAUCACACCAAGCAUAAUGAAAAAUUUCUAUUCGAAGUAUGGCGAGGGUACAUCUACUCAACAAAAUAUCACAUUCAUCGAUCAGAAAGCACAAAACGAUGAAUAUGCAAACGUCACAGACGAUGAUAAGCUGACAUCCUCCGAUACAGUUGAUUCCCCAUCACCAACAGUGAGUUUCAAGCAGGAUCUUAUCGAAAACAUUGACGAAAUUCAAGAAUAUGUGAGGAGGACCGAUGACUUCAAACUGACUACCGUAGAGCAGCAACAGGAGCAACAGCAGGAUCCAAUUGUGGUGGAAACAUUCGAUCAGAGUCCCCGAACACCGGCACCACCAACACCGACGGCGUAUUUAUUGAAACGGGCAUCCAUGCUGAAGAAUAUGUUCGUGUUCGACGCCCAGAGCUUUAUCAAAGAUCACGUCCCACGGCUACCGGAGGGAAUGUUCGAACAGGACGAGAAGAAAACUCCGGACGUGAUCGAUGGGGAUCUGGUGUCGCUGCCAUCCCGCAAGCAAACGAUCAAUGGUUUGGAAGAGGAUGACCUCGUUGGUAAGGCGAUUUCUUUCGCCGGCUGGGUCAUGUUUCUGCUGAUGCGAAUGAUCAGUCUGUCCGUGUUCUACGUGUUCUUUCCCACCAUUUUCUGGAUGGUCUGCUUGAACCACUACCUUCUGAUGAUCGCUUGCAUUAUUUAUGAGGUGCGAUUCCACGAGAAGCUCGAGCGGUAUUUCUUCUAUCUGUUCCUGGCGUAUAUUUAUGUGUACUCUUUGCUGGAGUUCAAAAUUAGGUUCAUCCAUGUGCGAACCUGGUACAUCGGAUACUUUGUGAUCGUGUUCGCGGAAAAUAUCGUUAUGAGCGCACUGUGGUAUAACUUGGGAGUGUUCGAGUCCUGGUGGUUCGAUUUUCUGCAUUUUAUCACAAUUACCAGUGGAAUACUGAGUCUUCUGUGUCUUUUGUUUUAUUAUGGGUUCUUGAGACCCAAGGAUAAACUGCUGUUCGUCAACUGAGAACAGUGUUUUGGAACAGAUCUCGUUUUUGUUUACGUGUAACCAAAUGUGAUUGUAAUAAAUUAUGUGAUAGAGGUGAGGGAUUUUCCUUAAAUCCUAUUGAGCCUUCUAGCAGUUGCACUUGCUAGGAACGUUGGCCAUGACCGAGUAAAAGAUGGAUGUCGGCACGUUCUUCACCUCUUUCGUGGGCUUGGCGAUCUCCGUGCUGGAAAUUAUUAAAGCAGAUCCUCCGUUUGGAAUUCACCCAAAAAUUUUGUAUUGAUUGCUGCUAAGAAACGUUGGGAUCGGCGGUCUUCGGUACAUCGAUUACCUUAAGCCGGCACAUCUCCUCCAAUGUUCUCUUGGCAUAAUCUUCCGAUGUCAGUCCGACCAAACGAUCACAUCCUCCUCCGUGUACUUAUUCUUGAUGAAGGCGGCAACUUCCGGCAGACACUUCGAAAAGUAUAUAUCCCCGUUCAUCGCAAGCUCCGGAGGUAAUAACAACGGCUUAGACAUUCUCUUCUCGCUGAACGUCAUCAACAGCAGGACCUUCUUCGGGAACUACUAUUUUCCGUAUUGAUCUUACUGGAGUUUUAAAAAUUUGCCAGCUACAUUAGAAAUUACUGCAACAUUUUCAAAAUUACAGAAGGUUUCCUGAAACACUAUAAAAAAACGUGGUUUUGGCACUUUUUAAAAAUCGAUGCAACAAAAUUUUUUUUAGACAAAGCAACAAAUUCAGAAUCUAUUGGAGUUUACAAAAAUACCUUCCGGUUAGCGGUGAGAUCAUUAUUUGUUGAAUUAUUCAUCAUCAAAGACGAAGGGGUAAUUUUUCAUUCAAACAGAAGUAUCUCUGUAUGAAAAGGUCAUACAUGAACAUUCUAACGAUUCUAGGAACCAAAUGAAAGCUAGUUGAUAAGGUUGUUUGGAUUUGCUUUAAAUUUGGUUGGAAUAAAUUGUGUUAAUCUCAAAGAGUUGGAAAAAAACAUAAAGAAAUGUUUUUUUUAUUUCUUCCCGAUAUAUUUGUUCACCCCUACACACA